UCAUAGAUUAUAUGGCUUCUUCUUCUUCUUCUUCUUCUUCUUCUUCUUCUUCUUCUUCUUCUCAUGCUGCUACUAUGCCUAUGAAGAAAUAUGAUGUUUUCAUCAGCUUUAGAGGUGAUGACACUCGCGCUGGAUUCACAAGCCAUCUUUACGCUGAUUUGUGCCGAAGCAAGAUUUAUACCUACAUAGACUACAGGAUCGAGAAAGGAGAUGAAGUUUGGGUAGAACUAGUGAAAGCAAUCAAACAAUCCACUAUAUUUCUUGUGGUGUUCUCGGAAAACUAUGCCUCUUCAACAUGGUGUUUGAACGAACUUGUUGAAAUAAUGGAGUGUUGUAACAAAAAUGAAGAUGACAAGGUUGUUGUUAUUCCAGUGUUCUACCAUGUUGACCCUUCACACGUGCGGAAGCAGACUGGUAGUUAUGGCACUGCGUUGAUUAAACACAAGAAACAAGGCAAAAAUGAUGAUAAGAUGAUGCAAAAUUGGAAGAAUGCUCUUUUUCAAGCAGCUAAUUUGUCUGGUUUUCAUUCCACCACAUACAGGACUGAAUCUGAAAUGAUUGAAGCCAUUACUAGAGCUGUAUUAGGAAAAUUAAAUCAACAGUAUACAAAUGAUCUUCCAUGUAAUUUCAUACUUGAUGAAAACUAUUGGAGCAUUCAAUCUUUAAUAAAAUCUGAUCUAACAGAAGUUCAAAUCAUUGGACUUUGGGGUAUGGGAGGCACAGGUAAGACAACCCUUGCUGCUGCUAUGUUUCAAAGGGUCUCUUUUAAAUAUGAAGGCAGUUGCUUCUUAGAAAAGGUAACAGAAGUAUCAAAGAGACAUGGGAUCAAUUACACAUGCAACAAACUUCUUUCCAAGUUACUCAGGGAAGAUCUUGAUAUUGAUACUUCCAAAUUAAUACCAUCAAUGAUCAUGAGAAGACUCAAACGCAUGAAAUCUUUCAUUGUAAUAGAUGAUGUACAUAAUUCAGAACUUCUGCAAAACUUGAUUGGAGUAGGACAUGGUUGGCUAGGAUCUGGUAGCACAGUCAUUGUGACGACUAGGGAUAAGCAUGUCUUGAUAAGUGGAGGGAUUGAAAAAAUUUAUGAAGUUAAGAAGAUGAAUUCCCAAAAUUCCCUCCAGCUUUUCAGCUUGAAUGCUUUUGGAAAAGUCUCACCUAAGGAUGGAUAUGUGGAGCUCUCAAAAAGAGCAGUUGAUUAUGCCAAAGGAAAUCCUUUAGCUUUGAAAGUAUUGGGAUCAUUACUUCGUUGUAAAAGUGAAAUUGAAUGGGAUUGUGCACUGGCUAAACUGAAAGAAAUUCCAAACACUGAAAUUGAUUUUAUAUUCAGAUUGAGUUAUAAUGAAUUGGAUGAUAAAGAGAAAGAUAUAUUUUUAGACAUUGCGUGCUUUUUCAAAGGACAUGAAAGGAAUAGAAUAACAAAAAUAUUAAAUGAGUGUGGUUUCUUUGCUGAUAUAGGGAUAAGUAAUCUUUUAGACAAGGCUCUUAUAAGCGUUGACUUUGAAAAUUGCAUACAAAUGCAUGACUUGAUACAAGAAACAGGAAAACAAAUUGUUCGUGAAGAAUCACUUAAGAAUCCCGGACAACGCAGUAGAUUAUGUGAUCCUAAGGAAGUUUGUAAUGUAUUGAAAAAUAAUAGAGGAUCUGAGAAUGUUGAAUCCAUAUUUUUAGAUGCUACUGAAUUCACACAUAUUAAUUUAAGACCUGAAUCAUUUGAAAAGAUGGUAAAUCUAAGGUUACUUGCUUUUCAAGACAACAAGGGAAUUAAAUCUAUAAACCUUCCACAUGGUCUUGAUUUAUUGCCAGAAAAUUUAAGAUAUUUUCAAUGGGAUGGCUAUCCAUUGCAAUCUUUGCCUUCCACCUUUUGUCCUGAAAUGCUUGUGGAGCUUUCAUUGAAAGGAAGCCAUGUGGAAAAACUUUGGAAUGGAGUACUGGAUUUGCCAAAUUUAGAGAUACUUGACCUCGGUGGCUCCAAAAAGCUGAUAGAGUGUCCAAAUGUGUCGGGUUCCCCAAAUCUAAAACAUGUAAUACUUCGUUAUUGUGAAAGCAUGCCUGAAGUUGAUUCAUCAAUUUUCCUUCUCCAAAAGCUUGAAGUUUUAAAUGUAUUCGAGUGUACAUCGCUUAAGAGCCUUUCGAGUAACACUUGUUCACCAGCGCUCCGGAAAUUGGAAGCUAGGGAUUGCAUCAAUCUCAAAGAGUUCUCAGUCACAUUUUCAUCCGUUGAUGGUUUGGAUUUGUGUUUAUCAGAGUGGGAUCGGAAUGAACUUCCAUCGUCAAUAUUGCAUAAACAAAACCUUAAACGGUUUGUCUUUCCAAUCAGUGAUUGUCUUGUGGAUCUUCCAGAAAACUUUGCCGAUCAUAUUUCGCUUUCGAGUCCACAGAAUCGUGAAGAUGACCCUUUUAUCACCUUAGAUAAAUUAUUUUCUAGUCCUGCCUUCCAGAGUGUAAAAGAAUUAACCUUUAUUUAUAUUCCUAUAUUGUCUGAAUUCCCAGAUAGUAUCUCCUUACUAUCGUCGUUAAAGUCUUUAACACUGGAUGGUAUGGACAUUAGAAGCUUGCCUGAAACCAUUAAGUAUCUUCCCCGACUUGAACGUGUUGAUGUUUACGAUUGUAAAAUGAUUCAAUCUAUUCCGGCACUUUCACAGUUCAUUCCAGUUUUGGUUGUCUCGAAUUGUGAAUCUCUUGAGAAAGUGUUGAGUUCAACGAUUGAACCAUAUGAGGAACCCAAUCCUUGUUUUAUUUAUCUCCUUAACUGCAAAAAUUUGGAACCACAUUCAUACCAAACAGUUUUGAAAGAUGCUAUGGAUAGAAUUGAAACUGGACCAUCUUUAUAUGAUGAUGAUGAAAUUAUUUGGUACUUUUUACCUGCUAUGCCUGGCAUGGAAAAUUGGUUCCAUUACUCUUCUACACAAGUUUGUGUCACUCUUGAGCUUCCGUCUAAUUUACAGGGAUUUUCGUACUACUUGGUUCUUUCUCAAGGCCAUAUGGGAUAUGAUGUGGAUUUUGGAUGUGAGUGCUAUUUGGACAAUAGUUCAGGUGAAAGAAUCUAUAUAACAAGUUUCACAAGAGCAAAUUUCUUCAGUUGGUUAUUGCGUUUCGAUCCAUCAAUCCACAUGAUAUCGGAUCAUUUGGUUUCUUGGUAUGAUCAAGCAAGUUGCAAGCAGAUAAUGGCAGCAGUUGAAGAAAUAAAAUCCAUUAAUGAUGUGAACAGCACUAGUUGCAAUCCAAAGCUUACAUUUAGAUUCUUUAUUGAAGAAGAUCUAUAUGAUGAAGUAUCGAUAAAAGAGUGUGGAUUUCACUGGAUAUAUAAGGAAGAAACUAUUCCUUCAACAAUUUUUGAAUCUCAUGAUCAAGAAGAAACUGCAUCUGCAUCUUCAUCAAAUUUUCAAUCCAAUCAUCGAGAAGAAACAAUUCCUCCAACAAAUUUUGAAUCAGAUGAUCUAGAAGAAACAAUUCCUCCAUCAAACAAAUUAAAGCUAGACAUCUUUGGAACUCUGCCAUCAAACUUCGAAUUAGAUGAAACAUAUGAUAUGAGGUCUUUACUUGAAGAGCUUAUGCAUAUUGGAUUUGGUGGAGAGCACAUGAACACUUUGCUUGGUUCGACAGAAGGCAAAAGCAACAGCUGAAAAGGAGAAAAAAAUGUGGAAGGAGUGAUAUUCGAAGGUUACUCUUUAGGCACCAAACAAUUGCUCACAAAAGCCUCAAAUACUUGCUUCCGAAAUCCUGCCUGCUGGUUCAAAGAUUAGUCCAUAAAUGAUAUUUCACUCUCAAAUGAUUAAGAGAUGAAAAACAUAUCAAGUGCUGUAAAAUAGGAUCUGAUGAUGCCUUCUGAUAAUAUCUUUACUGCUA